UAUCCUUCUCGAAGCUUGAACUUCUUGAAACGACUCCAAGGCGCGCCGCAGCGAUUCGACAAGGUACCAAAUCUCGCCCGAACUGUAAAACUCAGGAUCAUCGUCGCGGGUGCGGGUCUUGGUGGUCUCGCAGCUGCUAUCGCGCUCCGUCGACGUGGCCACGAAGUCACCGUUUUCGAAAAGGCCCCAGAACUGGGAGAAGUCGGCGCCGGAAUCCAAGUGCCACCAAAUUCCCGUCGUCUCCUUAUGCGGUGGGGCCUGGGUCCUUACCUCAAAGGAAAAGCUGUAGAGCCGGACGCAAUUCGCCAUCGACGUUGGCAGAAUGGCGAGAUCCUCUCUCUCACCAAGUUGGUCCCGGAGUUCGAAGAGAAGUUCGGAGCUCCAUAUUACGUUAUCCACAGGGCGAAUCUCCAGCGUGCAAUGUAUCAACUUGCUCUUAGUUUGGGCGUUCGCGUGAGAGUCAAUGCCGGUGUUCGAUCGUACAAUGACGAAGCUUCGAGCAUUGUGUUGGAGAACGGAGAGACGCACUACGCCGAUCUGAUAGUCGCUGCAGACGGUGUCAAAUCUGGGGCGAGAAAGGUCGUCCUAGGAGGUCAAGAUCAGCCUCCACAGCAAUGUGGGUACGCUGCAUACAGAGCGAUGGUCGACACGGAUUUGAUCAGAGCCGAUCCCGAAAUAUCGUGGUUACUCGAUGUUCCAGGGCAAAACUUAUGGAUCGGGAAAGGACGGCAUGUCAUGGCCUACUCGAUCGCUGGGGGUAAGUCUUUUAAUAUGGUACUCUCGCACCCUGAACACUCGGACCCUUCCACGUGGAAUCAACAUACUGUGCUCGAAGACAUGAAGAGGCACUUCGAGGGCUGGGACCCAUGUCUUGUUAAAAUCAUUUCGCUCAUCCGGACAACGCUUAAAUGGCCCUUACUUUCUGGAAAACCGCUUCGCAGGUGGCUAUCACCAUCUGGCAGCUUGGUGAUUAUUGGCGAUGCUGCGCAUAGUAUGGUGCCGUACAUGAGCGAAGGAGCAGCAAUGGCCGUGGAGGAUGGAGCCGCCCUUGCUGAGGUAUUAUCUCUUAUUGGUUCGCGCUCAGAACUCCGCUCUGCACUCGAGGUAUUCGAACGUCACAGGAUAUUACGAACAGGCCAAAUGCAGGAAGCUAGUCUCGUUAACGGGAAGCUGUGGCACUUUGCAGACGGGCCUGAACAAGAAGCGCGGGAUACAGCUAUGAGGUCCGCAAUGUCUGGAGACAUCGACGAGAACCCAAACCAGUUCUGUGACCCUGUGACUGCCCAGUGGACAUAUGGAUUUGAUGCGGAAGUUGAGAUCAGAGAAGCGUGGAGCAAAAAUCGAGCGGAUGUAUCAAAAUUAUAG